ACACACACACACACACACACACACACACACACACACACACACACACACACACACACACACACUAGCGCGCUUCUUCAUCACUACUGCAUCCCCAACCCGGCAGAGCGAAGCCACUGCAGUUUCUCGUAACCCCAUCAUCGUGGGGCGAAGCAGAGCCAUUGUGCAUCAGGCAGAACCCGGUGCCUGUGCUGCCGCCUUGGGUACAAAACCCAGCAGACCGCUCACCCAUCGGCUGGAAUGCUUGCUGAUUCUUCUGCAAACUUCUAAGACUGAAACCCCAAGGAACCCAGCUGGAGAAUGCCAUCUGAACGCUGCUUCAGUAUCCAAGAAAUGCUGACAGGCCAGAGGCUCUGCCACUCGGAAUCUCACAACGACAGCGUCCUGGCAGCGCUGAAUCAGCAAAGAAGUGAUGGCAUCCUUUGUGAUGUCACCCUGAUUGCUGAGGAACAGAAAUUCCAUGCUCACAAGGCAGUCCUAGCAGCAUGCAGCGACUAUUUCCGGGCAAUGUUCAGUCUUUGUAUGGUGGAAAGUGGAGCUGAUGAAGUGAAUUUACAUGGUGUGACCAGUCUGGGAUUAAAGCAGGCUCUGGAGUUUGCAUACACAGGACAGAUUUUGUUGGAGCCAGGAGUGAUCCAGGAUGUGUUGGCAGCUGGCAGUCACCUACAGCUGUUGGAGCUUCUCAAUUUAUGUUCCCACUAUCUUAUCCAGGAACUAAAUAGCUUUAAUUACUUGGAUCUGUACAGACUUGCUGACCUCUUUAACCUCACUUUGUUGGAGAAAGCAGUGAUCGAUUUCUUAGUGAAACAUCUCUCUGAACUUCUGAAGAGCCGCCCGGAGGACGUUCUCACACUUCCUUACUGCCUGCUUCAGGAGGUCCUGAAGAGCGACCGCCUGACCUCCCUGAGUGAAGAGCAGAUAUGGCAGCUAGCUGUGCGGUGGUUGGAACACAACUGCCAUUACCAGUACAUGGAUGAGCUCCUGCAAUACAUCCGCUUUGGCCUAAUGGAUGUGGAUACGCUCCAUACGGUUGCCCUGUCCCACCCCCUCGUCCAAGCAAGUGAGACUGCAACAGCCCUUGUCAACGAGGCCCUGGAAUACCAUCAGAGCAUCUAUGCACAGCCUGUCUGGCAGACCUGCAGGACCAAACCACGUUUCCAGUCAGACACUCUAUAUAUCAUUGGUGGGAAAAAGCGUGAGGUCUGUAAAGUCAGAGAACUUCGUUACUUCAAUCCCGUUGAUCAGGAAAAUGCUCUCAUAGCUGCCAUUGCCAACUGGAGUGAGUUGGCUCCCAUGCCCGUGGGAAGGAGCCACCACUGUGUGGCUGUCAUGGGGGACUUCCUGUUUGUAGCAGGAGGGGAAGUAGAGCAUGCUAGUGGGAGGACAUGUGCAGUGAGGACUGCCUGUCGCUAUGACCCUCGCAGUAACUCCUGGGCAGAGAUCGCUCCCAUGAAAAACUGCCGGGAGCAUUUUGUGCUGGGCGCCAUGGAUGAAUACCUCUAUGCAGUUGGGGGCAGAAAUGAGCUGCGCCAGGUGCUGCCUACAGUUGAACGAUACUGCCCCAAGAAGAAUAAAUGGACUUUUGUGCAGUCCUUUGACCGAUCCCUUUCAUGUCAUGCUGGAUAUGUGGCUGAUGGUCUUCUUUGGAUAUCAGGUGGAGUAACUAACACAGCACAAUAUCAGAACAGAUUAAUGGUAUAUGAACCUAACCAGAAUAAGUGGAUAAGCCGCAGCCCCAUGCUGCAGAGAAGGGUCUACCAUUCCAUGGCUGCUGUCCAAAGGAAGCUUUAUGUUCUUGGAGGCAAUGACCUAGACUACAAUAAUGACCGGAUCCUCGUGCGCCAUAUCGAUUCUUAUAACAUUGACACUGACCAGUGGACGCGUUGUAAUUUCAACCUGUUGACUGGCCAGAAUGAAUCUGGAGUUGCUGUCCAUAAUGGGAGAAUAUAUUUAGUUGGUGGAUAUUCAAUUUGGACAAAUGAGCCUCUGGCUUGUAUCCAGGUAUUAGAUGUAAGUAGAGAAGGCAAAGAAGAAGUAUUCUAUGGACCCACACUACCUUUUGCUUCCAAUGGAAUAGCAGCAUGCUUCCUUCCAGCCCCGUAUUUCACAUGUCCUAACCUUCAAACUCUUCAAGUGCCUCAUCACAGGAUUGGCACCAUCUGAAAAGCCAAUACUUUGUUAAAUAAUCAUCAUGAAUAGAGGAAAAACACAAACUUGAUUUUUGGAUAAUGGGAAUGAAAAUUCUCAGUUUAAGGUUUCCUUGUCUUGUUUUAUAGGUCUUAUAUUCAGAUAAAUAUUAGCACAAAAUGAACAAUUUUCUAACAUAUAUUACUGAGAACUUUUGUCACUCUUCUCUGUCAACCUACAAUAUGUAUGACUUUUUCUGUGGUGUAGUUUAGUGCCAACUUCACAGCACAUUAUUGUUCCAUGGGUCUUAAGCAUUCUUGUACACAUUUCCUAACCAGUGCUAAGAAAAUAUGACACUGUUAGCAAGGCAAUGUUUCACACAAUGUCAUCAGUGAUCUUGAAAUCUUCUGUACUUACUCUCUUUACUACUUAAACACUGGGUUGUAAUCUUUCUUUUCAAAAUUUAAAAUGCAGUCCUGCUCAAUAGAUUCAGCAUUAUGACAACAUAAAUUUUUAAGUGUCAUAUUUUAUUUAAGGUGAUUCAAAUAAUAGAAGUUGAAAAACCUAGGUUUUUCCACCUUAGUUAUUUCGACCUUUUGUCAGAACUUUAUAGUGCUUUAGUUUUCCUAUCUUUAAAUAACUACUGACUUCCACAUUCAUUUAGAAAAAACAUUAUGAAAAUUAGGCAAAUACUCGAACUAUGCUUAACAAAAAAUGUUACUCAAAUUAUAAGCUAUUUUAGUGUUUAGAACCAUGUAACUGAAAUCAGAUUAUUUUUAAGUUUAUAAAUUACUAGAUAGAACUUGGAAAACAUGCUGUGGGACAAAUGAUUAUGAAAAGGCUGUGGGCGAAAAAAUGCCCUUCCCAACCAGAAAAAAGGGCAUUUACCAUCACCAAAGAUACCAAAACUUGUACAAAUCCUUGCCUCAAAUAAGAGCUCUCUUAAACGUCUCAUCUUAAAUCACUUAGUGAACAAUAAAAGUUAAAGCUAAAAACUUAGUUGUACUAAUUGCGGUACCAUAAAGUGCUCUCACAUAAAUCUAAGCCUAGAAUUGGCAGUUCCAAUAAAAGUUUUCCACUUUGUUAAAGGUUAUGUCAAUCUUGAGCGCUUGUGGGAUUCUUUACCACUACUAAUACAUAUUUUAUUACUACCGCUUUUAAUAAUACAUAAGAAUUCUUUUUUAGGCUAGGUUUUUGGGUUUGCUUUGUCUAUAACAAAAAUAAAUAAAGCAACUUAAUCACAUUGGAACACAAACUCAACAAGUAUAAUGUGAAUUUCUUUAUUUCUAAUCUCACUAGGACUUAAGGUCAUCUUUAUGAAAAGAAAAAUUUUGCUCUGACUUGUCAUUUCAGCAGUUUAAUCAUUCAGCCUUUCCUCUCCUAUAGGAAAUUGUCAUCUUAUUUGUAUAACUAUUUUCAGUAAUUAAAAGUGAGUGAAAAAAGAUUUUUAUUUUUUUGAAAC